AUUGCGCAAUCCUGCAUAAACGGAACGCGAUCCGGUCGAACGGUACAAAAGGUAACGCGCUUUGUCGCUGCGUUCAGUUCAUUCUAGUUUGUCGUAACGUAAAGACUGAUAGUUUAGUAAUUUAUUUGUAUAUAAAUUGCUUUCAGAAGCGUCCAGUUAUGGAAACAACGUCGAUAUUCGACAAAAAGUUCGCCGAGAUCAUCGGCGAAUCUGUCAAGAGCGUCUUGUUGACGCAAACUGAUGAUUUAGAUAUUAAAGAAGAAAACGUGGAAGUGAAUGAAGACACCAAAAAUGAGUCGGUGCUUUCCUGUUCCUAUUGCAAAGUGAAAUUUCCGGACUCGCUGCAACAACGCGACCACUACAAGCUGGACUGGCACCGCUACAACCUCAAACAAUCAUUGUGCGGCAAACCGCCGAUCACUGAAGAAGAGUUCGACGUGAAAACGGGCAAAGAUGAUCUGUCCAGUAUCUCCGGCUCCGACUCUGAAAAAGAAGAGGACAAUUUGGACACGUACGCAACCGCCCAAGGGAAGAUAUUCCUGAAAAGUGAAACGGGACGCGUGUUUUCGCUGUACCGUUGUCUGUUGCUCGACCGCAAGGAGGAGGUGGACGAAUCGACGAUCAGCGCCAGAUUUAAAACGACAUGUCUGGACAAUCAACAGUGGACAAUACUGAUGCUGGGCGGUGGACAUUUCGCUGGUGCGGUGUUCAAGGGUGUCGAACCAAUUUUACACAAGACAUUCCACUGUUACACCGUACGGCAGGGUCAGGGCGGCUCACAAACCUCCAGGGACAACAGGGGGUCGCAGCCCAAGAGCGCCGGGGCUUCACUCCGUAGGUACAACGAACAAGCGCUAGUCCAGCAUGUCAAGUCGAUCGUUGAGACUUGGAGGUCGGAGAUCGAUAAAAGCAGUCUGAUCAUCUACAGAGCAUCUGGUCCGUACAAUAGAAGCGUGCUGUUUGGCGGCAGUCCCAGUCUUUUGGAUCGGACAGAUGAAAGAUUAAGGACAAUUCCCUUUUCGACUCGUAGGGCAACAUUUACUGAAUUGAAAAGAGUACAUUCCAUCUUGUCCAGCACUCAAAUCUAUGAUGAUGAAAUUUUUGAUUGUGUAGAAUUAAUUUCUGACGGUGAAUAUAACGAAAACAUUGCUGACAUAGAAUAUCUUGAGGUAAACAAAACAAGAAAAUUCAAAAUUCCUGCCAAAAAAACAUGGAAACCAAAAACCUCGAAAAUAAAAAACCGUAAACGAACACAGGAACGGAAGUUGAAAAUAAUUGAAGCAAUAAAAACCAACGAUACAACACGUUUCGCCAAUAUAAUACACGAUUAUGCCAGAAAAGUAUGUGAUUUAAAUUUAGCGAGGAACAUUUCAAUUGAUUGGGAAUUCACGUUUAAAAUUAUAAAGAAAUUACUGAAUGAGGUGUUAGACGAUCACGGCAAUACGAUUCUUCACUACUGUGCCAUUUAUGCAGCUGGAGACGUUGCUUUUUAUGCAAUGAAAGAAGGAGCCAACCCGUGUUCUAGAAAUAUGCAAAAAAAAACACCCUAUGCUUGUAUAUUAGAUGAUAAAACCAAGAAGGAUUUCCAGUAUCUUGCACAGACGUUUCCCAACAUGUAUAACUAUUCCAAAGCUUUAAUUCCAUUUAAUCGGCUUUCACCGGAAGAGCUUGUUCUAAAACGCAAACAGGAGCGAAUUCAAAAACGCGAAGAAUAUAAAACUAAAAAGAGCGGACACUGUUCAAAAAUAUAGUUUUUUAAAAGUUUUUAUCAUUUAUUCGAUCAUUAAAAAAGUCUUAUAUAAUUACCGACUUUUAUUUAAUAUUUGAUUACAUCUUGAUUUGUGCGUAACUAAUUUUUAUUACUCACAUUUUAAUGUUCUUUUUGUGACAUUUUAGACACUAAAGAGUUCAGUUAUAGCAAUAACGUAACCGACAAUGAAUCUGACGAAGAAAUCAGUGAUAAUGAAUAUUAUGAUAUAAUCGAUAAAACCAAAAAAUCAAGCAAACAACCCCCAAAACUAACUUGGAAACCAAAAAUAAGAAAAGGAAAAAACCAUAAACAAUCAGAGGAACGGAAGUUAAAGACAAUAGAGGCUAUAAAAGCUAAUAUAUGAUUAUGCCAAAAAGCUAGUUGAUAUAAAUCGCGAGAGGAAUAUUCCGAUAGAGUUGGUAUUCUCCCUUAGAAUAAUGAAGAAACUACUAAAUGAGGUGCUAGAUGAUCAAGACAAUAGGGUUCUCCACUACUGUGCCUUUCAUUCAGCCGGAGACGUUGCUUUUUUUGCAAUGAGAGAAGGUGCUAAUCCAUGUUUUAGAAA